AUGCAGUCUUUUAUGAAUGUCAUCUUGUUCUUGGGCUUAGUAGCCCUUGUUGCUGCUUCGCCAGCACAUAUCCAGAAGCGAGGCAUCUACAAGGUGGAACGUGUGCCAAACCCAAACUACACCGGCAAGAAUGGUCCCAGGGCUUUGUUGAAGACACUUCGAAAGUACCGCAUGCCGAUCCCGGCCGGCCUGAUGGAGUCGGUCGAGUCGAAUGAGAUGAUCACCAAGAGACAACAGGGCAAGAAGAAGGGAGGCAAGAAGGGCGGCAAGAACGGGGGUGCCACGGCAAACAACUCGACUGCCGUUGCUGCCGCUGCCAAUAACACGGCGGCUGCUGCGGGCACUGGCUUGGUGACAGCCACCCCGGAGACAAAUGACGUCGAGUACCUCUCGCCCGUCAAGAUUGGAGGUCAAACGUUGAAUCUAGACUUUGACUCGGGCUCCUCUGACUUGUGGGUUUUCAACACCCAGCUAAGCACAGCAGCAACGACUGGACAUACGACAUUCGAUCCGACAAAGUCCAAGACUUUCGCGCUCAUGAAAGGGGCCUCCUUCCAGAUCAGCUAUGGUGACGGCUCUGGAGCUGCUGGGAAUGUCGGCACAGACACCGUUGACAUUGGUGGCGCUACAGUUACUGCGCAGGCUGUUGAGUUGGCAACUGCCGUUUCCAAGUCCUUCGUACAGGACACCAACAACAACGGUCUUCUGGGUCUUGCCUUCUCCGAGCUUAACACGGUGCAGCCGCAGGGCCAGAAGACCUUCUUCGACAAUGUGAAGGCUUCACUCGCAGAGCCACUGUUCACCGCUGACCUUCGCGCCAAUGCCACCGGUGCUUACGAAUUCGGUCGCGUCGAUAACACCAAGUUCACUGGUGCGAUGACUUGGGUUCCUGUCAAUACCACCCAGGGGUUCUGGCAAUUCACCAGCGAGAAAUUUGCCGUCAACGGUGGGGCCCCUCAAGCAUCGACUGCUGGCGGUCAGGCCAUCGCUGACACUGGCACCACCCUCAUCCUCGCGGACCCAGCCGUUGCGACCGCAUACUAUGCUCAGGUCAAGGGAGCCGUGAAUGACCAGCAGGCCGGAGGCUUUGUGUUCCCGUGCAACACCCAGAUGCCUGACCUGCAGCUCGAUGUUGGUGGUACCAUGGCGACAGUCAAGGGGUCUGAUAUCAACUUUGCCCAGGUCGACGCACAGAAUUGCUUUGGCGGUGUUCAGGCCUCUCCCGCCAAUCUGCAGAUCUUCGGUGAUAUCUUCUUCAAGAGUCAAUUCGUUGCUUUUAACGGUGGCAACAACUCCCUCGGAUUCGCCCAGCAUGUUUAG